AUGGCCUCGAACGGCGCGUCACUCUCCGCCGGCGAUCGGGGGAAUCGGGUGGCCAGCCGAUCUUCCCGCGACGCCCUCAACGCGUCGGCCUUGGCGUUGGCGAUGGUCUCCGGAGACAGCUGCCUCGUCGCCAGGCCCGAGGGGACUCUUCAUGCAGGACCUUGGCCGGCGGUGCGGCUGAGCCUUCGCUCCGAGAUCCGUCGGGCGAGUGGUAGCGGUCGGAGCCCAGCCUGCUUUAUGAAGGGGAGGGAGCCGGAUGCCCGGACCCAGAGCCGCCAGGCCAGAUUCACACCCUACCGGAUCCCCGAGCGGAAAGCCGACCUCCUGAGAAGCGUGCUGCAGCAGCGCCUGCUUGCCUUGGGAAGCGUCAUCGCCGCCCAGAUUUUGUUCUAACACGCACGCCUUCCCGCCGGCCCUCCAUUUCCUUGUCAACAGGCUCUC